AUGGUCUUCCACGUGGUGCCAACUGCCUUGGAGAUUUCUCUUGUCUGCGGUAUUCUGACCUACCAAUAUGGUGUCCAGUUUGCGGCGAUCACAGCCGCAACCAUGGUGACCUACUCUGCGUUCACGAUCAUGACCACCGCCUGGCGAACCAAGUUCCGCAAGCAGGCGAAUGCUGCAGACAACCGUGGUGCCACCGUUGCUGUCGACUCUCUGAUCAACUAUGAGGCGGUUAAGUAUUUCAACAACGAGAAAUUCGAAGUUGCACGCUACGACAAGGCCCUGAAGGCCUACGAGGAUGCUUCCAUCAAGGUCACGACGUCGCUGGCUUUCCUCAACUCCGGCCAGAACAUGAUCUUCUCGAGUGCCCUGGCAGGCAUGAUGUAUCUCGCCGCCAACGGGGUUGCUAGCGGCAGUCUGACUGUAGGUGACCUGGUCAUGGUUAAUCAGCUCGUCUUCCAGCUCUCGGUCCCGCUCAACUUCUUGGGCUCGGUGUACCGUGAGCUCCGCCAGUCUUUGCUGGACAUGGAGACCCUCUUCAACCUGCAGAAAGUCAACGUGAACAUCACCGAGCGACCGGAUGCCAAGCCCCUCCAGCUGAAGCAGGGCGGCGAGAUUCGAUUCGAGAACGUCACCUUUGGCUACCACCCCGACCGACCCAUUCUCAAGAACGCUAGCUUUACGAUUCCUGCCGGCCAGAAGUUCGCUAUCGUUGGACCUAGUGGUUGCGGCAAGUCGACUAUCCUGAGACUGCUGUUCCGCUACUACGAUGUCCAAGAGGGCCGGAUCCUCGUUGACGGUCAGGAUGUACGCGAUGUGACUCUGGAAAGUCUCCGCAAGGCCAUCGGUGUUGUGCCCCAAGAUACCCCUCUGUUCAACGAUACAAUCGCACACAACAUCCGCUACGGCCGGAUUGAGGCGACCGAUGAAGAAGUCCACCAGGCGGCGCAACGUGCACACAUCCACGAGCUGAUCCAGAAGCUGCCCGAUGGUUACAAGACUGCGGUGGGUGAGCGAGGCAUGAUGAUUUCUGGAGGUGAAAAGCAGCGACUGGCCAUUUCUCGACUGAUCCUGAAGGAUCCGGAGCUGCUAUUCUUCGAUGAAGCGACCUCCGCUCUGGACACCUACACAGAACAAGCGCUACUGCAGAACAUCAACAGCAUCCUAAAGGAGAAGCGACGCACGAGCGUGUUCGUGGCGCACCGACUGCGCACGAUCUAUGACUGCGACCAGAUCCUCGUAUUGAAGGAGGGGCAAGUAGCGGAGAAGGGAUCGCAUCGCGACCUUCUGGAGCAGAAUGGCAUCUACGCCGAGCUGUGGAACGCCCAAGAAAUGUCCCUCGCACAGGACGUGGACAGCGAGCCGACAGCUGCGGAGGAAGAGGAGAGUACUACUAAGAAGUAG